ACCCAAACCCCGUCUUAAAAUUACGGAAAACCCCCCACAAAAAUCCCCACAUAAAAGUCGCUUUUAAAUCCCCAGAAUUUUUCGAACAAAAAAAAAACAAAAAAAAACUUGCCCCAGAUUUUCGUACCGGGACCUCUGAAAAUCGAAAGUUUUCCAGUUUUGAGCUGGAAGAGAUGUUGAUGGGUCACACGGAUGGUCUAUCUACGCCUCGUUCCUCGAGGACCAAGCUACUUCCUUAUGCCGAAUCCGAGAUAGAAGAGGAUGACAGUGCAGACUGUUCUGAGAAAAUACUAUACUCGGCCUCAUUUGAAGAGCUUGCAAUGAAUAUCGUUAAGUAUGACACUGUUAUUUGGCUUUCUAUAUCAAUAUUGCUGGUUUUAGCUUGGGGAGUUGGCAUCAUCAUGCUGUUAUAUCUGCCCUUUAAGAGAUAUGUUCUUCAGAAGGAUGUUUCCUCGCGCAAACUAUAUGUUACACCUAGUGAGGUAGUUUACAAGGUUUCAAGGCCAUCUUUCAUACCCUUCUGGGGCAUCACUACAAUUGAGAAGCAUGUAUCCCUUUCCCUGGUGAUUGAUAUCAUUAUAGAACAAGGUUGCUUGCAGUCAAGGUAUGGAAUUCAUACCUUUAGAAUUGAAAGUAUAGCACAUGGAAAAGCUGCGGCUGUAGAUGAACUACAGGUUCAAGGGGUUUCUAACUCUAGUGGUUUGAGGAAGGUCAUCAUAACAGAAGCUGCAAAAGCCAUACAAGAUAGUGGUAUAAGUUGGAAGCCUACUGCUCCCACUGCUGAAGGGGAAAGCAUGGCUUGCACUGGAUCAUUGAGUGAGGGACCUGCUGUUUUGAGAUCACCAUCCAAAAGCUUAAAGAUGGCAGCUUCACCACGCUAUGCCUCAAUAGAACGCAGAGGUGUAGUACCUGGGGAAUUGCUGCUUAAUAAGAUUGAAGAAGUCAAUAAAUCUGUGAAGAAAAUCGAGUUCUUAAUAGAGAAGUCUCGUACUCAGCCUGAGUAAGAGCAGCUGAAGUGAAGUCAGAUAGAACCUAGGCCUGUGAAUUACCUUUGGCAAACAGAAAUCAAGUGGUGAAAGAACAAAGAAGUUCAAGUAUUUCGGCACUUGUCUGUAACUACUGGAAUAGGAUACUAAUAGCUUCCCCAGUUUCCUCGUUUGUAGCUGUAUAGGAUGUUGCAAAGUUGAAAAACGGCACAUGAUUUCCUUGUUGUCUCCUUAUGGUAGAGAUGUGCAUUUUCUUGUGAUUUUCUCUGUAUUUUUGUAUCGGCUGACAUUGCUGAGGCAUAAUUGUAUGAAUUUUGACUUUUUAACUUGUUUGUGUUUGGAAAGGGAAAAGACUUCAAUAUUUUGGAUUGUCCUUGUGACAAAAAA